CGGAACGCAGGCUUCCUGCUAACACACUAGUAAAGGCUAGCAAAGGAAAGGAGGGACUGGAAGAGUGAAACAUCUCCUGCUCCAACUUCCUCUGUGUCUCCCUUCGUCUGUUGGACGAGUGUGAGGCUGUUUACAGUAUCUCUGUUGUUGUUUGGCGAAUACAAAGAACUAAGAUCGACUUGGGUCUGCCAAGAUGGGGAGAUUUUCAAUACCCAUGAUGCUUUUCAUGCUAUUAUGCUGCUUGGCAGCUCGUACUGAAGCAGUUUACGUGAAAUACAAAGACCCAAAACAGCCUUUGGGCGCUAGAGUCAAGGACCUCAUGAGUCGCAUGACUCUUGCCGAAAAGAUUGGCCAAAUGGUGCAGAUCGAGCGCACCGUUGCCACGCCCGAUGCGAUGAAGAAGUAUUUCAUUGGGAGUGUUUUGAGUGGUGGAGGGAGUGUACCGGCUCCGGAGGCCUCUGCCGAAGCUUGGGUCAACCUGGUGAAUGAGAUCCAAAAGGAGUCUUUAUCAACCCGCCUUGGGAUUCCGAUGAUUUACGGGAUUGAUGCUGUCCACGGUCAUAACAACGUCUACAAGGCCACUAUUUUCCCCCACAAUGUUGGGCUUGGAGUGACCAGGGAUCCUCAACUUAUCAAGAAGAUUGGAGAUGCAACGGCCCUUGAAGUUAGAGCUACAGGAAUUCCUUAUGUUUUUGCUCCAUGUAUUGCGGUAUGCAGGGACCCAAGAUGGGGUCGGUGCUACGAAAGUUAUAGUGAGGACCCAAAAAUUGUUCAAGCAAUGACUGAGAUCAUACCUGGUUUGCAAGGAGAUAUCCCUGCAAAUUCUCGAAAGGGUGUUCCCUUUGUUGCUGGAAAACAAAAGGUUGCGGCCUGUGCCAAGCACUUUGUGGGAGAUGGUGGCACAACCAAAGGCAUUGAUGAGAAUAAUACUGUGAUCAAUGGAAACGGAUUGUUCAGUAUUCACAUGCCUGCUUACGCUAACUCCAUCAGCAAGGGUGUUGCAACAGUCAUGAUAUCGUACUCAAGCUGGAAUGGGAAGAAGAUGCAUGCUAAUGGUGAUCUUGUCUCUGGUUUCCUAAAGGGAAAACUAAAGUUCAAGGGUUUUGUCAUCUCAGAUUGGCAGGGUAUUGACAGGAUUACCUCCCCUCCUCAUGCUAACUAUUCAUACUCUGUUCAAGCUGGAGUUAGUGCUGGAAUUGACAUGAUCAUGGUCCCAUACGACUUUACAGUGUUCAUUGAUGAGCUAACCAAUCAGGUGAAGAACAAUAUUAUCCCAAUGAGCAGGAUCGAUGAUGCUGUGAAGAGAAUCUUGAGGGUUAAAUUUGUCAUGGGACUCUUUGAGAAUCCACUAGCUGAUCUCAGUCUUGUCAGCCAACUCGGUAAUAAGGAACAUAGAGAAUUGGCAAGGGAGGCUGUACGAAAAUCACUUGUACUAUUAAAGAAUGGAAAAUCUGCUGACAAGCCCUUGCUUCCCCUCCCCAAGAAAACGCUAAAGAUACUAGUUGCCGGUAGUCAUGCUGACAACUUGGGCUAUCAAUGCGGAGGCUGGACGAUUGAGUGGCAGGGCCGUAGUGGCAAUGAACUCACUAUUGGUACGACAAUUCUGAAUGCCUUGAAAAAUACAGUUGAUCCUACUACCCAGGUUGUCUACAGUGAGAACCCUGAUGCAGGAUUUGUCCAGUCCAACAAAUUUUCAGUCGCCAUUGUUGUUGUGGGUGAGCCCUCGUAUGCAGAAAUGUAUGGCGAUAGCUUCAAUCUAACUAUACCAGAACCAGGGCCAAGCACUAUAAACAAUGUGUGUGGGGCUGUCAAGUGCGUUGUGGUAGUGAUCUCUGGCCGCCCUGUUGUGAUCCAGCCCUACCUGGCAAAGAUUGAUGCACUUGUUGCUGCUUGGCUUCCUGGAACUGAAGGUCAAGGCGUUGCUGACUUAUUAUUUGGUGACUAUGGAUUCACUGGCAAGCUCGCUCGUACGUGGUUCAAGACAGUGGACCAGCUCCCAAUGAAUAUUGGUGACUCACAUUAUGACCCUUUAUUUCCUUUUGGAUUUGGCUUGACAACUAAAGCUACCAAUACCUAGGAUUUUUCACAAGUCCUGUAUGAAAUUAUCUACAAAGAAAACUAGGGUUUAAUUUGCCCAAUUUUCUUAAUCAAUCCAAGCUUCUUCUCUCUUGUAGUGGUUGGGUUUUACUCAAUUCUUCCAACCUAUUUCCGUCAUAUCAGCUUGAAUGCAACCAAAAUUUUUUA